UUCGAAAGUAAAUUUGUAUCUAUUUUUUAUUUAAAUACUUAUUAUGCCUCGAAUAAGAACAUUAAGAGCAAAACUGCCUCCUGAGGGAUUUGAUGAUAUUGAACCUAUAUUACAUGAUUUUGCACAAAAGAUGAAAGAUAUUGAAAACGAACCUCAUGAAAACAAAAGUCGGCAAGGUGCUUUAGCUCCCAUUUUUCAAAUUCAUCAUCAAAGAUCAAGAUAUAUUUAUGAUUUAUACUAUAAACGUGAAGCAAUAUCAAAAGAAUUAUAUGAUUGGUUAUUAAAACAAGGUUAUGCUGACGGAAAUUUAAUAGCUAAAUGGAAAAAAAAUGGAUAUGAGAAACUUUGUUGUUUACGAUGUAUUCAAACUAAAGAAAUGAAUUUUAAUAGUACAUGUAUAUGUAGAGUUCCAAAGAUACAUUUGCCUAAAGCUACUAUUGUAGAAUGUGUUCAUUGUGGGUGUCGAGGAUGUGCAAGUUGUGAUUGAUUUAUAAUUCAUUUUUUAAAAAAAUACCGACUGUUUAUAUUUUCAA